AUGAAGGCGACCAGUCCCACAGCCGACGUGAUCGAGCCCACUUCGCCUCAUGCGACCGAAACAACGACCCUGCUUCCCAAGAGCGAUAUUGAAAGCCCCCGCGAUGUACCCUACCGGGAUGUCAUCUCGGGGCCUCGAUUCCAUUUUCUGUUCUGGAGCAUUAUGUUCGGCUGCACCAUUGCAUUCUUCGACACCACGCUGAUGGCUUCGUCCCACCCAGUCAUUACCUCUUAUUUCAACGCGUCAAAUGCAGCCUCCUGGCUAAGUACGGUCUUCUACUUGACCUCGACUGUGUUCCAGCCAGUCUUCGGACGUGUCUCUGAUAAUGUCGGACGGCGACCUGUGUUGCUGUUUGUUAUUGUCGUGUUCUUCACUAGUACGGCUUGGUGCGGCGCCGCUGGGGACAUUGGCUCGUUCAUCGCAGCAAGAGCCGUAAGCGGAAUAGGCGCUGGUGGCGUUAUGUCGCUGGCCUCGAUUCUGACAAGUGAUAUGGUCAAGAUCGAGUACAGGGGCAUCUAUCAAAGCUAUUAUAAUGUGGCAUAUGGCGUGGGAAAUGGACUUGGUGCCGCUCUGGGCGGCUUCCUUUGCGACAAACUUGGCUGGCGCGCGGCGUUCUAUGUACAGUUACCUUUCAUUGCUGUGUACGGGAUCCUCGCGAUUCUCUCGUGCCCUGACAAUCUAGGCCCCAAUCUCGCGAAGACUCAAGGCAAGACCAUCCGUGAAGGCUUCAAGAGCUUCGACGCCUAUGGUACCAUUGGCAUGAUUCUGACGGUGUCUGGGCUCAUUCUUGGAGUCAACUUGGGCGGUAACGUCUUUACGUGGACCCACCCAUUCGUUAUCAGCAAUCUGGUGGUGGCUGUCAUUGCAGGCAUCGGGCUGGUGCUGGUGGAACGUCGCGCUGAACGGCCCAUCCUACCACUCAGGCUCUUCACGACCACACCGGUUGCGAAUGUCAUUGGCAGCAACUUCGUCGCCUCCAUGACUGUGAACGCUGUAUUGUUCAACGUCCCACUCUAUCUGCAAGCAGUCCGACAAACGUCACCGACGACCUCUGGCUUCUAUCUCUUCCCUCCCUUGGUCGGGGCCAGCAUCACUGCCAUCGCGGUGGGAUUCUACAUCACACUCACGAGACGGCUGAAGCCGCCCAUGAUUGCGGGGUCCAUAUCAGCACUAGGCGGCGCCAUCGCUGUGACCUGCCUGUCGGCAGACACGCCGGGAGCACUGCUCCCCUGGCUGAUCCCCUUCGUUUCGAUCGGUCAAGGAGCCUUUUUCCCGGCCGCGACGAUUGCAGUUCUAGCUCUGAACAGCCAAGAAGACCAAGCCGUGGCGACUACCACGCUCGGCCUCGUCCGCAGUCUGGGCUCCAUCCUAGGCGUCGCCCUGAGUAGCUGGGUCCUGCAGAACGUGCUCCCCAUCUACCUGAACAAGUACAUCACCGCCGCGGAUCCGACCACGAAAGAACACAUCAUCCGGACGGUCCGAGCGUCCAUCCAAUCCAUCCGACAUCUUGGCCCGGUCCACAAGAAACAAGUGAUCACCGCGUACGCCGCCAGUCUGAGAGCGACCUUCAUUGUGGCCAUAGUGUUCGCAACGGUCUCCGCUCUGCUCAUCCUGCCGGCGCAUUUACCAAGGCUGCAGAGACAAGCAGACAUGGACGAUCCUGAAGACAGGGAGCCUCGCAAUGAGCUAACGUCCGGUGUGGGAGAAGGUGAUGACGACGACGGCGGCGGUGACGAGGACGAAGCAGAACAAGCCCUGCCAGUGACGCCGACUCAGACCAUCAGGCGGACAAUCACAGGCGGCAGUAGAACACUGGGCGGACACUCCACCUCGUUUGGAGAACCAAUUGAGCGGAGAGCAAGCUUUGACGUUAGUAUCUAG